UCCAACCAGCAGUGAUGUAGGAACGUAAACUUUUGCUUUCAUGUACUUGUUUUGAUCUUAAAGUGUUGUAUCAACAAACUUGUCGUGCUGAUAUUAGUGAGAUGUUAUAUUCAGAACGUGUGCAGAAUACUCCACGUAAAGUGAAGUGCGAAUAUGAACUGGAGUGACUAGUUCCACUUCCACCCUGGCUUAAUCACCUGAAUCUGAAUGCAGAAACUUCAGAGCAUUGACGAUGCAGAGUCUGGAGGAUGCUUGUGAGGAAGCUGAUCAUUUGAUGAAAUUGGUCAGAAGACAUCCAACUUCAAUUCCAUUUUUGCAACAAAAGAAAAAUGGAUAUGGUUAUUUUUCCAUUCAUAACCGUCUCAGGCGGCUUUAUUACGAGGAGUGUACUAAAAAGAACUCUCUACCAUUACCGGACCUUAAAUCAUCCUCACAUCUUCUUGAAAAGCUUGUGGCUAAAGACAAACUCAAUACCCUCAUAGUAAACCUGUAUCCUGGGAAUAAAGGCUAUUCCCUUGCAAUGCGUCAGCCAGGUCAUAGUGAUGCUAUUACUGAGACUGUAAGAUGGCCCUACCAAAUGGACACUUUUCUUAGUUAUUUGGAUAAUGGUGAACUGCCUUUUAUGCUUGUCGACCUUCUUGAAGAAACUUACCCAGAAGUCUUUUAUUCAGGAUGUAUUAUAGCAGAAGUACGGGAUUACAGACAGUCAUUUCCAAAUUAUUCCUGCAAUACUUACCAUGUAUUACUUCAGCCCACAACACAGAGUGUGAUAAGUGAUGUGAAUCUGCUGGCAGCUCAAAGUGAUCUUAGCAAUGAAGAAAAACUUUUACUUGAGGCAGAGCUUGUUCUUGCCACCCAAGGACCCUUGUGUCUUGAUCCUAGACCAUCUCUUGUUCUUUUUCACUCGUCAGCUAACCAUCAAAAAAAUGUGUUAUCAACGGAGCCAUUAAGAAGAUGUGCUCGCAAAUUUUCACAGGUUUCUGUUAAUCGGAAGAGAAAAUUGGACCAGUUUACCUCUCAUCCACAAUUAUCAUUACUUGAUGCAAUAAAUAGACACAGAGGUAAAAAUGCUAGCAGCUCUUCUUUCCAAUCAAGAUUGCAUAAAAAGCAUGUGGAAAAUGUUUCACUAGAAGUACCAAAGAUACCUUUGGAGCUCAAAUUGCCACCACUUGAGCCGCCACCUGAAGGUAGUGUGGAUGUUGAAAAGUUUGCUAGAGAAGUGCCCUGGCCACUUGAAACAGCUGACUGCACACCACAGCUUAUUGAAGAGUAUGUGCUGGAGGCUGACAGAGGAACAGGCCAAACAUACCAUAUCAAGAUCUCAUUAUUUCAAAGAGUGUCUAAUUUGGAGUAUAUUGGUGAAUUAUAUGUUGACAAAGAUUUUAGAGAUGGAGAGAAAAAUGGGCGCACCUGCAGGUUUCCACUGGGAUCUAGAUUACAAGCCAGUCAUUAUAUCCAACAAUUCAGUGAGAUUUUUACAGAAGAGGGUCGGAAAUCAGUAAAGAUAACUCAUCUUGUGCCAGGUCAUCAACCUCGUAUAACUUGCACACCGGGCAUGAGAGAGAGGGAUGCUAAAGCCCAGGCCCAGGCUAAGGCUUUAGCACGCAGCACUCUGGCUGCAGUCACAAGUACUACAAAUCCUCCAAAUGCCAGGAGUCCAGCAGCUCCAAAUAGUUCAAUUAAUACCAGUGUAAAUAAUAUUGCCAAUAAUGCUGGAGAAGUGACUCCCGGCACCAACCUGACUUCAAGUACAAAUCCUCUCAGUGCGUCUUCAAGCAAUGUGAAUCUUGUGAAUGCUCUUUCAUCUCCUCCCAUGACAAAUAAUUUCACAAACAUCCUAAACUCAACAUUAACAGCAGGAUUAUCCCCUGCAGUGAACAGUCAACAGCCAGUUCAACCAGUGCAACCAGUGCAACCAGCAGUUCAGUUGCAAGCUCCCAUAGUUGAUAGUUCACAACCACAAUUAAGCCAAGUUAAGCCACCUUUACAACAUCAAUCUCAACCACCUCAACAAACAGCACAGCUUCAAAGACAACCAACCCAUCAACCUUCACCCCCAACGCAAUUGAGAUCUCAGUUAGAAAAUCCAACCAAAGUUGGCGGACGUACUAUUACGAACCCAGAAAUAGAUGCCUUAGCCACUAGCCUUAUGAACUCUGCCCAGCAGUUUCAGCAGCAACAACUUCAACAGCAACAGCAACAACUCCAACAGCAACUCCAACAAUCUGGUGCUGCAAAUCCCCCUGUUGCCAUUAAUUCAACCAAAGCAAGCCCUAAUACCCUCCUUGGCUUAUUGAACAACACCCCUAGUGGAGGAGGUCAAAAAGUUCGCAAGAUGACCUUAACAAAUCUACUGAACUCCAAGGUGCUUACUCCAUCUCAGCAACAACACUUGCAACAGAAAAUAUUGCAGCAACAACAACAGCAGCAGCAACAACAGCAGCAACAACAGCAGCAGCAACAACAACAACAACAACAGCAAGUGCAGCAGCAGCAGAGGGUGUCAAUAUCUGCCCUUGCUGCCCAGUUAGCCUCACCACCAGCAACUGAUGGAUCGUUACUACAACAUUCUCUGACGUCGUCGCCGCAAAUUCGCUUCUCUUCACCAAACCGUGUUGGCCUUGUCCAACCUGCCCAGGAGCAAGUUGCACAGCAGCCAGUGAGCUCAAUGCUGCCAAGUUUUGAAGUUGAAGUACCAAAUGCCUCUGGAAGCGGAACCGUAAAUGUGAAUGUGGCAGUUCCUGCACAAUUUGAUGUGUUAGACCGUGAUCCAAGCCUAGUUACCCAAGCCUCCUCUGUAAAUAGUGGGACCGGUGCAGCAGUUCCACUUUUUGACAUCACACCAAGCAACUUUAAUGCAGCUGUGAACAAUUUCAAUUCUAUAAGUGCUUCAAAUUUCAACUCUGCUGCCACUGUAAAUACUCUUACAUCACCUAGUUCAUCGACUUCUACCACUCUUAAUAAUACUACAACAAACUUUGACCUUCAAAGUUUUGUAGAAAGUGCUCUUGUAUCUGAGGGUACUAAUAAUCUAGUAUCAAAUUAUGAAAUAGCAGUUUCAACUGCUGGAUCAUUGCCAAAUUUUGAAAUAAGAGUUCCCAAUGUAGAAGAAUCAGCUACUCCUGUCUCAAGUGAUAUGCCAAAUCAAGUAGCUUCUAGCUUUGAACGACCUGUACCUAAUUCAACAAUAGAAAAUGCAUCUGCGGUAGAAGAGUUUUUGCACCAACAAACUGGCUCAGCUCCUAGUUACCAGAUUUCAUUUCCAGAAAUGAACUCAUUCGAUGCCAGCAGCAAUACUCUCACUGUUCAGAAUAGUUUUGAUUUUAAUAAUACCUCAAGUUUUACAACUGUGCCUGUUACCUCUAAAACCGUACCUGUAUCGUCAAACACUGUCACCUUGGGUGGCACCAGUACAAGUGGACCAAAUUUAUUAGGCCGUAUUUUAGCUAGUGGAACUGCCAGUGCGGCUAUCAGGAGACUCUCAGCUAGUGCCUCAGUUGCAAGUACCAGCAAUAGUGAAAGUUCUUCCAGCACACACGGAAUGUCAGCCCUGUCUGCAUUGCUAGCAGGGACUCCAUCUGCUGACAAUCCUAUGCCUGGUUCCUCAAAUUCUCUGUCGUGUUCAACAUUAUUGGAGAGGUUAUCUGCAAGUUCAGCGGCAACUACAGUUGUUGCAAGCUCUAUUGGACAGCCCACUCCACCUCCGCUUCAGUUUGCUGUACCCUCACCUUCCAAACCACCGGCAACACCAAGUUUGCCUGCAAAUUCACCUGCAGCUUCACCUUUAACUCCAAAAUCACCUGCUGUGGCAAUUGCCUCGCCCCUGUCAAGUCCACCUAGUCAACCAACUCAAUCUGGACAAGGCUUGACUGUAUCGGGUGUUAAUCUACAGGGUCUCAACUUAGCUAGUCUUCAAGGUGCUAUUGGACUCCCAGGACUUCAAAAUGUACAGGUUUCCUUCCCUGGCAUUUCCACGCCAAUAUCCUUGUCUUUGAGUGUUUCGAGUGCAACGCCACACAUCGCAUCUGCUACUGUGGUUUCCUCAGGAGGGGCAACAGGUGCAGUUUGUGAUACUUCUGCUGUGUCUAGUGCUCCACAUACCAUGGUGCUCACCAACUCUUCUCUUUCUGUGCCCGUUGCACAAAUCAUGGCCAGUAGUGUAAAGGCAGUCAGUGGUCCGACCAGCAUUCGAGGAAUAGCUGCAAAUUCCAUUCAACUGCAGCAAGGAACUGGUAGUGUCCUUGUUGGUACACUACAGCGUGCAAAGCCACAGAUGCAGGCAGGUAAAACUAAUGUACUGACUGGGAGACCACUACAAGCGACAAUGUUGAGUGGUGGGCAGAGAAAACUACCAGUAUCAAACACAGUUACUGCAAGUCUUUCAGGUGGAAGUCAAGUGAUAUUUACUCAACCACAAGUUGUUACUGCUGGAGGAGUCGCAACAGCUGUGUGUGAUGCUACUGCUGUGUCUAGUGCUCCCCAUACAAUGGUUCUAACAAACCCUAAUAUUUCUUUACCUGUUGCUCAAUUGAUGACCGGUGGAGUGAAGACUGUGAGUGGUCAAAGUGGUCUAAGAGGGAUUACUGCCAACUCAAUUCAACUCCAACAAGCAUCCGGUCAAGCAAUUCAGCUGACACUCCAAAGAGGUAAAACUGUACAGGCCUUACAAGCGGGCAAGGCCAGUGUACUUGCUGGCCGGCAGCUGCAAACUGCUGUCAUAAGUAGUCCUCAACUUACAGCAGGUGUUCAGGGAGGAGGCAGUCAAGUAAUAUUUUCUCAGCAACAGUUACAUCUGCUACAAAAACAGGGUCAGUUUCAACAACUACACACCUUGCAGCAACAGCCACAGCAACCACAACAACUUCAGCAAAAACCAGCCGUUUUAGCUGCACAGCUAACAGCAAAAAGAAGAAGAUCAAGCACAGCAGAUGGUUCUACUAAUAAGUAAAUUCACUCAAUCGAAAAUUCUUCUGUUUUCAUCUUAAGUUUUCUCUGUUUAUAACUGUUCUCAAGUUACCAUCUUAAUUCUUUCCUUGAUCCGAAACCUGUGUUUUGCUGAUGUUAUUAUUCUUCAUUUCAAAACUAUCAAACAUUUUCACUUGAAUCUCCUGAAAUGAAAUGGUUGAGAAAACCAAUUUGGAAGACUGACUUUUUAUCUCUUGUAAUUUUAUUGUGUUCUGAAUCACCCCUCUUUUACAGAACCUUUUUUUUAAAAAAUGGAGGGUGUUAAUAAUUAUAUUUCAAUUUGAAAUCGUCAAUUUUUUGACCAUGUUUUAUUCUUACAUGGAAUUUUAAUGGAUAUCCUGAUCCUUGCAGUGUGUAGUAACUGUUUCGGAGCUUGACUUUAAUUAGUAUUACAUUUUAGCAGACUCCGUUUGGACAUGGUUUUUCCACCAUUGUGUGUAUGAGUGCUUCCAGACAGUCAUUUUUCUGUGAAGUUACUUUUGACACCGGUGGCCAUUCACAAGUUUUUAAAACAGUUAAAAUGUGAGUUUUACUGGUUGUCCUUGUAAUAAUUACUAUAGUUCUCUAAUUAUUUUGCUCAAUGGUUGAACUUUCUAACUAAGUGACUUUGAUGGGAGUAUGUAGAUGUCAGAGCGAGAGAGAGAUGUAAACUACCCAAGCAAAAUUUCUAAUUCAUAACCAAAUACACAGUGGAAAUCUGGCCAUUCUGUCUACCAGGUUUUCUUGUUAUAUUUAUAUAUUUAUUUAGGCUAUAACUGUCUAGUCUAGGCUUCUACUGUGUAUUAUUCAUGUCAUCUACCUUAUCAAUCAAAAUUCAAACUAAUUUUGUUGUUUUAUUUGUGUGAUCGCAUAUCACUUCUUAAUGUAGUGUGUGAAGGUUUAUUUUCUAGUGACCUUAUCUACAAUUAUCAAGACACUUCUUUCAUUUUAAAAAAUGUGCAUCUAGACAGCAUUUACUUUAGGUCUUAAAGUUUAUGAGAAUGCCCCGUUUGUCCGACAAGUUAUUUGUCCGACAGUCGUAUCUAAGCAAAUAAAUUAAAUAAGUGAGGUAUUACAACAACAGGGAAAGGUCUCGUUUCACUUGUCCGACAUCCGGAGCUGCUUUUUAAACUUUAAGAGCGCUAAAAAAUACUAGAACAAGUAGUUGCUACGGUAGGGUUCAGUUUCUGGAACUACAAUGAGUUGUUACAGUAAGUAGGAGUUAUUAAAAUAACUCGGAGUUUUUCAAAUAACUUUCGCUGGCGCGCCCGGCGCCGUUUCCGGGCGACCAAGCCACGGCCCGGCCCGAGCGCUGAGCCGAGUAUAGCCGUAAGGCCUCCCGGAAACGGCGCCGGGCGCGCCUUUGAAUAACUCGAAGUUAUUGUAAUAACUCCUACUUACUGUUACAACUUAUUGUACUUCCAGAAACUGAACCCUACUGCAGGAACUACUUUUUCUAGUAUCUAUUCAAGUUUGAAACGCAACUCCACCCGUAGGACAAGUGAAACGAGCCCUUUCCCUGUUGUUGUAAUACUUUAUUUAUUUAAUUUAUUUACUUAAAUGCGGCUGUCGGACAAAUAACUUGUCGGACAAACGGGGCGUCCCCAAGUUUAUCUUGGCAGAAAACAGGACUGUUUUAGAUUUUGGAACUGUGAUAGAAACAUAAUAGAAAGGAAUGAAGAAAGUUUUUACUUCUUUCUGCUUCUUACUUUUAUGAUGGUAGUGUAAUAAGUUUCUCUUUAUUUAUCAGAGGUCAAGGUUCAUUGUAUUCGUUUCCUAUUCAUCUGUGUAAGGCUGUUAACACUUGUAAAUGUGAACACUUUCUAUUUUGGUAAAUUAGGGAUGUUAGCUUGGCCUGAGUGUUUAUGUGUGUGUUGCGCGUAUGUGUGUAUGUAUGUGAGGGAGUGAGUUUGUGUGUGCUUUAUUAGGUAGGUUCUUUGGAUAUCUAGUUUGACCCAGUAUAUCCAUUUUCUUUUUGGUGUGAUUAAAACUUUUAAACUUUACCUAUCAAUUUUGAUGAAAUCAUUGACCAUGGCAAGAUACAAUUAGAAAGUCAUACAAAAGAACUUCUCGUGGUAGACUCUACAGAAACCAGAAAGAAAGCAAGUCAUUGGUGUUCAUGUGAUAUUGAUUGAAUACUGUGAUGGCAAGGGUUGAAAAGUCUAGGGUUACUUUGUGAUUCUUUAUGAAGCAUAUAUUGUAUUUACCUGAUAGAGAGAGCAUAAAUGUUACACAGUCAAUACUUUUGUUGUUUAAAAUUGAUUGUGUGUGCUUUGUUAACUGGUUUUAAGUUGUGUUGUGAAACUUAUUCAUCACUCAUUCUAGGUUGUGCUGCAGAAAAUAUUUUCAUCUAUGUGAAUUUAUACUUGGUUCAUAUUUCAGUAUGUCAUAUGUUUGAUAUUCAGUGUUCUUUUCUCUUACGAUGUGUCUCUAUUAAACUGUUUUGGAAACAUUUGUCUUUUGGAAGCAUUGAUUUGCUUCCUGUCCAUUGUUUUCUUAUAUUUUUGUUUCAUAUCCAACAAAAUUGGAGGUUUCUUUCAGUCUUGUCCAGUUUGUAAUUUCCCCUCAUGCUUGUGUAGUGUAUCUGAUUGUUAAAACCACCAUUGCAUGAAUUUGAAUCAUCUCUUUGAUGUAAGGACCAGAUUGCUGUUAGUUCAUUGUGAUUGAAUUAAAAUGCUUGCAUGUCAAGUCAAAAUGUGUGACUAAACUAAAAUAAAACCUAUUUCUUUACACUGUUAAAAAAACAUAAUAAAAGGCAGAUUUUUACUAAAUUGUAAAAUAUAUCUAAAGAAUGUAUAUAAUUCAAAAAGAAUGAUGGAUGAAAUCUGUGCUAUUUGUUUAUAGAAAAAUAGAGGAGGAAAAGAAUUAUUUCGGAUGUGUGUAUAUUGUUAUUUUGUAAAUAAGAUGUUCAUGUCUGUUUUGUAAUUAAUUUAUGAAGCGUUGCACCAAGAACAGCUUGAUUCUAAAACUUGUCCCUCAAAGUUUUUGUCAAUGCAGGUGAUAGACAGAAAUCAAAUAAAAUUUGUAUCAAAAAAGUU